AUGGGAGCGAGUCGGAAGCUACAGGGAGAGAUCGAUCGGGUACUGAAGAAGGUCCAAGAAGGUGUAGAUGUCUUCGACAGCAUCUGGAACAAGGUUUAUGAUACCGACAAUGCAAAUCAGAAAGAGAAGUUUGAGGCAGACUUGAAAAAGGAGAUCAAGAAACUGCAGAGAUACAGAGACCAGAUCAAGACAUGGAUCCAGUCUAGUGAGAUCAAGGAUAAAAAGGUUAGCGCCUCCUAUGAGCAGGCACUGGUGGAUGCGCGUAAGCUGAUUGAACGUGAAAUGGAAAGAUUUAAGAUAUGCGAAAAGGAAACUAAGACAAAAGCAUUCUCAAAAGAAGGGCUUGGUCAACAACCUAAGACUGAUCCAAGGGAGAAGGCUAAAGCAGAGACAAGGGAUUGGCUGAACAAUAUGGUCAGCGAGUUAGAAUCUCAGAUUGAUAGCUUUGAAGCUGAAAUAGAAGGUCUCACCGUGAAGAAAGGAAAGACGAGGCCUCCCAGACUGACGCAUUUAGAGGCAUCUAUUCAACGACACAAGGCUCAUAUAAUGAAGCUAGAGUUGAUCUUGAGGCUACUUGAUAACGACGAGUUGAGUGCUGAGCAGGUCAAUGAUGUUAAAGACUUCAUUGAUGACUAUGUGGAGCGCAACCAGGAGGAUUUUGAUGAAUUCAGUGAUGUAGAUGAGCUCUAUAGCUCAUUGCCAUUAGACAAGGUGGAAUCCCUUGAAGAUCUUGUCACAAUUGCUCCUCCUGGUCUUGUGAAGGGUGCACCAGUACAUAGCCUGAAGUCUACCUCCCUGACAGUUUCUGCGCCACCCCAAAUACCUACGGCUGUUAGUACCACCCCUGUCCAGGAGCCAGCUGAAGAUACAGCUUCGCAAGACAGUAAUUCUGAAGCUGUUGCUCGAACCCCACCUGCAAAGAGCAGCAUCAUGGGUUCUUCUGUUCCAUCAACCCCAUCUGUUAGUCAUGUAACUCCUGUGAGUGUUCCUGCUAAUCCGUUAUCUGCCAUGAUAGCUGCUCCUGCAGUUAUUCCAAGUCCAUCUCCUGCUCGAGGUGCUGGAGAAAAUGUUGCUGCUUCUAUUCCUUCAUCUCCUGUCCCUCUUGCAACUCCUGCAAAAGAUGAAGAAACUGCAGGCUUGCCUGGACGUAGACCAUCACCCGCGCUUGGCGAUCCUGGACUAACAAGGGGCAUUGGCCGAGGUGGCCUCACUUCGCAGCCACCAACUAGUAUCCCUCUGACUUCUAGUACAGUUCCUAGCAAUGGAGCUCUUGGUGCAGUACCUUCAGUCUCUGAUGUGACAAAGCGAAAUAUUUUGGGGACUGAUGAUAGAAUUGGAAACACUGGAAUGGUUCAGUCUUUGAAUUCCCCAUUAAGUAAUCGGAUGAUUUUGCCUCAAGCUGGCAAGGCCAAUGAUGGAACUGGUGUAGUAGAUUCUGGCAAUGAAGGUGCUGGGUUAGGUGGCAGAGUCUUCUCUCCUCCUGGCGUGCCUGGCUUGCAAUGGAGACCUGGAAGUUCGUUUCAGACUCAGAACGAACAGGGUCAAUUUCAAGCUCGAACUGAAAUAGCCCCUGAUCAGAGAGAGAAAUUCUUGCAACGUUUUCAGCAAGUCCAGCAAGGCCAUAGCAACCUGCUCGGCAUGCCUCCUCUUCCUGGUGGCAGUCAUAAGCAGUUCCCAACACAGCAAAACCCACUUUUGCAACAGUAUAACUCUCAAAGCUCAUCUCUCUCCUCGCAAGCUACACUAGGGCUUAGCAUUCAAGCACCAGGGCUAAGCAAUGCUACACCCACUACUUUGCAGCAGUCAAACUCAAUCCAUCAACAGUCUAGUCAACCAGUUGUGACACCAAGUGGUUUAAAAGAUAGUGAUGCUAGUCAUAUGAAACCUGAGGAGCAACAGCAAUCACUGAAUUUAACCGAUGACUCAGCCUCUGAAUCUGCUUCUACAACCGGACUGGGUAAAAGUCUGGUCAGUGAGGAUGAGCUUAAAGCUCCCCACCCAAUGGACAAUAUAUCGAGCUCUUUGGCAGAGCUGUCUGUUCAAGUGCCAAGAGACACCGAUCUCUCUCCCGGGCAACCCUUACAACCUUCUACACAAACAACCAGUGGUUUAGGUGUGAUCGGUCGCAGAAGCGUAGCUGACCUUGGUGCCAUUGGCGAUAGUCUCGCUUCACCUGCUGCAAGUCCCGGUCCACUGCAUGACAACAGUUACAAUUUGCAGAUGCUAGAGGCUGCGUAUCACAAACUUCCUCAACCCAAAGACUCAGAACGUGCGAGGAGCUAUAUCCCGAGGCAUCCUGCUAUAACGCCAUCCAGCUUCCCUCAAGUUCAGGCUCCCAUCGUAAACAACCCUGCCUUCUGGGAGAGGCUGACCAUGGACAGUUACGGCACCGACACCUUGUUCUUUGCAUUUUACUACCAACAGAACACGUAUCAACAAUAUUUGGCUGCAAGGGAGCUGAAGAAAGGAUCGUGGAGAUAUCACAGAAAAUACAACACCUGGUUCCAGCGACAUGAAGAACCCAAGGUUGCCACUGACGAGUAUGAACAAGGGACGUACGUGUAUUUCGAUUUCCACAUCGCCAAUGAUGAUCAUCAGCACGGAUGGUGUCAGAGAAUCAAGACGGAGUUCACGUUCGAGUACAAUUACCUUGAAGACGAACUGAUCGUGUAG